AUUCUAGCCCCAUACAUAAGACAACCACCUUCCACAAUGCUGGGGACAGCGUAGCGGUGGCCUAGCAGUAGCACUUAGCAGCAACUCAGUAAGGAAUCGGUCAAUCGACAGAGUCUGCGAGUCCGAGUCGCAGCGAUGGCGUCCACUCUACUCAAGCGAACGAGCUCAGCAAUGAGAUCGGUGGCCGGGGGUCUUGCAAUCGGAGGGUCAUGGAGGGCCUUCGCGGCGGUUGCAGUUGGGACUGACAUAGUCUCGGCCGCUCCCAGUGUUUCCCUCCAGAAAGCUCGCUCCUGGGACGAAGGUGUCUCAUCGAAUUUUUCCACUACUCCUGUCAAAGACAUUUUCAAGGACAAGAAAGUCGUCAUCUUUGGACUCCCUGGUGCAUAUACAGGAGUUUGUUCAAAGCAGCAUGUGCCUAGUUACAAGAACAACAUUGACAAGUUUAAGGCUAAAGGGAUUGAUUCUGUAAUUUGUGUAGCUGUUAAUGAUCCAUACACUAUGAAUGCUUGGGCAGAGAAACUUGAAGCCAAAGAUGCUAUUGAGUUUUAUGGGGACUUUGAUGGGAGCUUCCACAAAAGUUUGGAAUUGGAUAAAGAUCUCUCCGCUGCUUUGCUUGGACCUCGAUCUCAAAGAUGGUCGGCCUAUGUGGUUGAUGGGAAGGUUAAGGCCCUUAAUGUAGAGGAAGCACCAUCUGAGGUAAAGGUUUCAGGUGGAGAGGUUAUCUUGGGACAGAUCUAAUGCUGCUUGGUUUGAUUGCCAUGUACACACAAGACUACACUAUCAUCACAGCAUCUCCAUUACCCUCUAGACAAAAUGGCAUCAAGUAGCUGCUGAUGUUUUAUAUGUAUACACUAUUCAUUUUUUCUUUUGGGUUUCUUUUCCUCGGUCUUGGCUUCUAGCCAUCUAUUAAAUAAAAUGUGCCACUAAUCCUGUUUAUACGUUUUACGAACAUCGAGUGAAUUUCUAACUAGCAAUGUAAUGCAAUACAUUCGUUUAAAAGUU